AUGGACGAACCUGAUUCUUCAGCCAAGAAGUAUAACAGCAAAAUCGCAAAAGAUAUUGGAACGAAGUGGAAAACUUUGGCAAGAGAAUUUGGAAUUGAUCAAGGCGACAUCGAUAAAAUUAUAGCUGAAAAAAAUGGAUCAGUUGACGAUCAAUGUGCGCAAAUGUUGAGUAUGUAUGCGAGUAGGAAAGGUCGGAGUUACACAAAGAAAGCAUUAGUUAAAGCACUCUUUAAAAGCGGGCUGCGUUCUGUAGCUGAAGAUCAUCGUAUGUGUAAAGUUGUUUCUACAUGUACACUUAACAUAUUGCCAUAA